AUGCAAGCGCGUGGUACAUCGGUUCCACCGAUCAAGGGUAUACCCAUUCUCUUGUUCGCAGGCGAAACAGUGAGCGAAGAAGACGAUGCCUUUGUUCACUGGGUGCACUAUGUGCGUCGCCUCAGCAACAUUUUUGCUCUAAACGCUAGUGCCAGUGUGGCUGACGUGCGUCUUGAACGCAAGCUUCGGUAUGAUUAUGCCAAGCUUAAGACCAGAGGCCAAUUGCGCAAGCGCACGCGCUAUGCUUCGGAUACUAAGGUAGCCGCGAGUGCUGGUCAGUCUGUGGCCAACAACCCGCCAACCCGCACCACUAGUGGCGGGGAACGGCCUCGGCCUCGAGAUGACCAUUGCCACGAUGCUCAAAAGCCUACAAAGCAUAUAGACAGUCUUGCCGAAGGGACAUUGUAA